UUACUGUGAAGAACGACUGUUUUUUCUGUAAAAAAGGAGGCAAAGAAAAUGGGGCUUGGCUAUCUAUCCACGAGUCUUACUGCGAAUUCAAUAACUGACGAGGAAAACCAGAAACUCAGGAAACCACUGGCGGAAAAGUUGAGAAGGGACCGUAUUAACAGCAGCAUUAAGAAGCUGAGACAGAUAUUAGGAAAGAUGUUUCCAAAGCAACAUCCCAGCUCCAAACUGGAGAAAGCUGACAUCCUGGAACUGGCUGUGAGCUUCAUAAAACAGCAAUGACAGAUG